AGUGGUAAAACAGCGUUGGAAAACAGACCUGUAGAAACGGACAGCAUACGACCAGGCACUGGAAUGAAUAAAAUAUUUUCAUUGAUAUUACUUCUGCAAGUAGCCUUUCUCUGCGAAGCAGCAGGGGACCCAUGCUGCGCAGAGCCAUGCCAAAACAGAGGCGUGUGUACGUCCAGAGGCGCGUCCUCCUACGAGUGCGACUGCACGAGGACGGGAUACUACGGAGAGAACUGCACCACUCCCGAAUUCCUCACGUGGCUCAAAACGACAUUGAAACCGAGUCCAAAUACAGUCCAUCACCUGCUGACACAUUUCGAAGGAUUGUGGAGCAUCAUAAACAAUAUUUCCUUUUUAAGGAACGCUAUCAUGCGCUAUGUGUUGACAUCUCGGUCACAUUAUAUUGAUAGCCCACCAACCUACAAUGCGGAUUACAGCUAUAAGAGCUGGGAGGCAUACUCAAACCUGUCGUAUUAUACAAGGACUCUUCCUCCAGUAUCUAAGAAUUGCCCAACACCUAUGGGGGUGGCAGGGAGGACGACUCUUCCUGAUGCUAAGUUGAUUGUGGAGAAAAUGCUGUUGCGAAAGCACUUCAUUCCUGAUCCUCAAGGAUCCAAUAUGAUGUUCGCCUUCUUUGCUCAACACUUCACCCAUCAGUUUUUCAAAUCGGACAUGAAGAAGGGACCAGCCUUCACCAAAGCCCUGGGGCAUGGAGUUGACCUUACUCACAUCUACGGAGAUUCUCUGGAGAGACAGCACAAGCUGAGACUCUUAAAAGACGGAAAACUGAAAUACCAGGUGUUGGACGGGGAGGUUUACCCACCCACAGUGGAACAAGCGCAGGUGGCGAUGCACUAUCCACCCCAUGUCCCAGAGAAACACAAGCUUGCCGUGGGGCACGAGGCCUUUGGUCUGGUUCCCGGACUCAUGAUGUACGCCACCAUCUGGCUGCGUGAGCACAACCGCGUCUGCGACAUCUUGAAGACUGAGCACCCCGACUGGGAUGACGAGCGUCUCUUUCAGACCACCCGCCUUAUCCUGAUUGGCGAGACCAUCAAAAUUGUGAUCGAGGACUACGUGCAGCACCUGAGUGGCUAUCAUUUCAAGCUGAAGUUCGACCCGGAGCUGCUGUUCAACCAGCGUUUCCAGUACCAGAACCGCAUCGCCUCCGAGUUCAAUGCCCUCUACCACUGGCAUCCGCUGAUGCCUGACACUUUCCACAUCCAGGGCCAGGAGUAUGGCUACCCACAGUUCAUGUUCAACAACUCUGUGGUCUUGGAACAUGGCAUCAGCAACCUGGUGGAGUCUUUCACCAAGCAGAUUGCAGGCAGGGUUGCUGGUGGUCGGAACCUUCCUGCAGCAGUUAUGAAGGUGGCAGCAAAUUCCAUUGACCACACACGAGAGAUGCGCUACCAGUCACUGAACGCCUACAGGAAACGCUUCUCAAUGAGGCCUUACAGCUCUUUCCAGGAUAUGACUGGCGAGACAGAAAUGGCAGCUGAGUUGGAGGAGAUGUACGGAGACAUAGACGCCAUGGAGCUGUACCCUGGCCUCCUGGUGGAGAAACCCAGGCCAAACUCUGUUUUCGGAGAGACCAUGGUGGAAAUGGGAGCCCCUUACUCCCUGAAAGGGCUGAUGGGUAAUCCCAUCUGCUCCCCUGAGUACUGGAUGCCAAGCACCUUUGGUGGAACGGUUGGGUUCGAGAUCGUCAACACUGCCUCCCUGCGCAAUUUGGUGUGCAACAAUGUCAAAGGCCCCUGCCCGUUGGUGUCCUUUCAGGUGCCCGACUUAAAUGGCAUGGAGCAGGCCACCAUCAACAUGAGCGCAGCACACACAACCAAGCUGAACCCCACUGUAUUAUUGAAACAAAGGACUUCUGAACUUUGAAAACUAACAGUCUAAAAAAAUACCUCUCUUUAAUUAUUUAUUUGCCUUCUAUUUAUUUUGUAUUUAUUGAUCACAAAUUUGUAUUAUUUAUUGUGUAUAUUUUUUUAUAAUUAUGUUAUGUUAGGAAUUGUUAUUUAAAGCUGUAACUUAAAGGAAAAACAUGAAGAUGAAGUUUUAUGCCUGUACAGGUGACUAAAUUACUGUUCUCAUUUGUUUUUGUAGAAACUUGAAACUUACCUCUAAUACUGGCAGUUCUGUUUGUGAUUCGUUCAUUAGCUAUUGAAAACGUUAGCAAGGCUAACACGUACUUGAGAUUUUAUAUAAAACACGUUUCACUUGAAUGGAUAAAAAUCUGCUUGUCAUGAGCUCUGGAGCUUGUCGGCAGUUUAUUUUAUUCUGUAUCAUUCAACCAAUAUUUUGUUACUUGAACUGAUCAGCUUCAGGCUUUUUAAAUGUUAUGGUGUAACAAAAAAUAAAUACAGAUUUUUUUACAAGAAAAUAA